AUGUCAAGUGAAGUAGUGAAGAAAGAAGGGUCUCUAAAUCUGAAAAUCACUUGCAAGAGCUAUGUGAAACCGGAUGAAAAAAUAGGAAAAAAGGAGUAUCAAAUGGUCACAUUUGACCUACCCUACCUAGCUUUUUACUACAACCAAAAACUGAUUUUCUACAAAGGAGGUAACUUUGAAGAGAAUGUUGAGAGGCUGAAAAAUGGGCUUGCUGUUGUUUUGAAGGAGUUUCAUCAACUUGCUGGAAAAUUAGGAAAGGAUGAAGAGGGUGUUUUCUUGGUUGAAUAUGAUGAUGAUAUGGUUGGUGUUGAAGUUGUUGAAACCGUUGCUAAUGAGAUUAGUGUCGAAGAUCUAACAGUUGCUGAAAGUAAUGCUAGUUUGAAGGAAUUGAUUCCUUAUGAUGGAAUCUGUAAUUUCGAAGGCAUGCAUAGACCUUUGUUGGCUAUUCAGUUGACAAAGCUCAAAGAUGGGCUCGUUAUGGGCUUGGCUUUUAACCAUGCUGUCCUUGAUGGAACAUCCACGUGGCACUUCAUGACUUCAUGGGCCGAGAUAUGCAGAGGUACACCCUCCACAACAGCCCCGCCAUUCUUGGAACGGACCAAGGUACGAAACACCCGCGUGAAGCUUGAUAUCUCUUUACCUAAGCCUAAACUCCCACCACCAUCGGCUAAUGGUGAGGCAAAGCCACAAAGCGAAGGCCUGCCACCAUCAGCCAAUGGUGGGGCAAAGCUUGAGCCUGUUUUAAGAGAAAAGAUUUUCAAAUUCUCUGAAUCAACUAUCGACAAGAUCAAGUCAACAGUCAACCAAACCCUUCCAUCCGAUGGUUCAAAGCCAUUCUCAACCUUCCAAUCUCUCGCCAGUCACAUUUGGCGCCAUGUGACACUUGCACGUGACCUAAAACCCGAAGACUACACGGUUUUCACCGUCUUUGCGGAUUGUAGAAAACGAGUGGAUCCACCAAUGCCAGAUGCCUACUUUGGAAACCUAAUUCAAGCUAUAUUCACAGUCACUGCUGCGGGACUUUUAUCUGCCCACCCGCCACAAUUUGGCGCUUCCUUGAUCCAAAAGGCAAUUGAAGCCCACGACACGAAAGCCAUCGACAAACGUAACAAAGAGUGGGAGAGUUCACCCAAGAUAUUUGAAUUUAAAGAUGCUGGAAUCAAUUGUGUGGCAGUUGGAAGUUCGCCAAGGUUCAAGGUUUAUGACAUUGAUUUUGGAUGGGGGAGGCCAGAGAAUGUGAGAAGUGGAACUAAUAACAAAUUUAAUGGAAUGAUAUAUUUGUAUCCAGGGAAGAGUGGGGGGAGAAGCAUUGAUGUUGAACUAACAUUGGAGGCCGAGGCAAUGGGAAAGUUGGAGCAAGAUAAGGAGUUUCUUAUGGAGAAUAUAAUAUAA